UCCAAGUUUGUUUUUUAUUUAUCUGAAUGCACAAUGCAGGGUCAAUGAAUAAGCGCCACAUUUUAUUUUUUAUUUUUUUAUUUUCAGCCAUUUUUACUCCAUUGACAUGAGUUUGGCACAAAAGACAGCGAUUAUCACAGGGGCGACGAGAGGCAUUGGUCUCAGUAUUGCCGAAAUCUUUGCUAAACAAGGCGCGCGUACUAUUCUUAUAGGACGUGAUUCUGAACGAGUUCAACUAGUGCAAAAGAAAUUCCGUGAAAUGUUUAGUGAUCAACAUGUAGGAAUCGUCAUGGAUGUAUCGAAUAAAGAUGACAUUGAUUCAGUCUUAAAGGAAUUAUUGAAAGGUCAACAAAUUGAUUAUUUGAUUAAUGCAGCAGGCAUAUCCAGAGAUGGACUGUUGAUCAAAAUGAAAAGUCAAGAUUUGGAAGAUACCAUCAAUACAAACUUACUAGGAACAAUGAGAGUGAGUCAACAUGUAGCCAAGUCAAUGCUAAGAAAGCGAAAAGGGGGAUGUAUUAUCAAUAUCUCAAGUGUGAUUGGGGCCAGUGGUAAUAUCGGACAGUGUGCUUAUAGCGCCUCCAAGGCUGGUCUUGUCGGCUUUACAAAGUCACUUGCCAAGGAAUUGGGCCCUUCUCAAAUAAGGGUAAAUGCUAUUGCGCCAGGAUUUAUUGACACGGACAUGACACGGGAUAUAGCAGAAGAAACAAAGUUGAAACUAAUCGAAAACAUUCCAUUAAGAAGAUUUGGUGAUGCUAAUGACGUAUCUUUAGCCGCUUUAUUUAUCGCCCAAUCAAAUUAUAUCAAUGGACAAGUGCUAAGCAUAGAUGGUGGUUUGAUACUUUAAAAGACCCUCGGUUUAACAUUUUAUCCUAAAGA